AAAACAUUGAAGAAACUGAAAUAGAUAAUAACCAUGGGCACUCCAUCUGAAUACCUCCAUCCAGCUCUCCCGACAGAUUCUAUCGUCGAGCUCAUCGCUUCACUAGAUCUCCCAGCACGGACAAGAAUAUAGCCCCUACAGGUCACAGCAGCUUACCAUUCCAUCUACCUUGUGCACUUCUCAAAGGAUGUCGCAGUGAAUAUUCCCGUUCGCGCAGAAACAGAUGGCUGUCACAUUUUGGUCUACGAGUGUCCGGUCGGCACUUCCCCCAUAUCAAGAUCUUGAAUAAAGUAGGCGUGAUGACUUGGUCCGCCAAUACCGAUAUCCCCGUUCUGCAAAUUAUUCGCUAUGGUGCAUCGGAGGCUAAUGUCAUUUGGCAUGGGUUUAUGCUCUUGGAAAAGGCGCCUGGAGUGAGCGUGGACACGAUCUACGAUGAUUUGAGUGCGGAUUCGAAAAGGAGUCUGGUGGAUCGGUUGACUGAAUUCUUGAUCCAACUUCACGCCAAACCAUAUAGUCUGGGUUACGUCGGGGCCUUGCGAUUGAUCCAGAUAGUAAAGAUAAAUGUGUCAUUCCCGGCCCUCCCUUGAGGAAUACUUCUGGGACGUAUCUGAAAUCUGAAAAUACUGGUCCGACGAGGAGCACCUGGAGACCCUCAACCCCAUUUCCGGCCCGUAUAGCAGUUACACGUCCUAUCUCACGGCAAGUCUGGAGCGA